GGUUGUUAUUAAGGUUGUGUUGUGUGUAAGACCUCAGUCCGGUUUGAGUCGCACAAUGGAGCGAGCCACAAUCAGAUUAACUCUCUUGAGUCUCUUGCUUAUCUGUGUCAUUUCUACCCCAAUCAAAAAGCCACGGGAUGUUGACAUCUACAGCUUCCACAUCAAUUCUACAGUAAACAGCCGCUACGCCAUUACAGUCAUCACAAGCCGUGUGGCGAACCGGCUCAGUGAGUCCAAAGAGAUUCAUUUCCAGGUCAAGAUACCAAAAAAUGCUUUCAUCAGCAAAUUCAGGAUGACCAUAGAAGGAAAGACAUAUGAUGGAGUUGUGAAGAAGAAAGAAGAGGCACAGCAGCAGUACAGUGCGGCAGUAUCCCGAGGAGAAAGUGCCGGAAUUGUCGGCUCGGUAGGACGGACCCUGGAGGAGUUUAAAACCUCAGUGACGGUGGCAGCUCUCAGUAAGGUGACCUUUGAACUCACCUAUGAGGAGCUGCUAAAGCGAAGACUUGGCAAAUACAAGUUACAAAUCAAUGCCCAACCAAUGCAGCCUGUGGCAGAUUUCAAGAUUGAUGUGUAUAUUAAUGAGAAUCCAGGAAUUUCCUUCCUGGAGGUACAAGGAGGGCUGAAAACUCAGGAGCUGUUUAAUGCUGUAAUCAGUACUCUAGCUGACUCUACCAAAGAGGCAUGGGUGAACUUUUACCCCACUCGCGAGCAGCAAACAAAGUGUGAAGGUUGUGGAGAAAAUGGAUUAAAUGGAGACUUGCUCAUAGAGUAUGAUGUGAAGAGACCAAAACAGAAUGGAGAACUGAGGGCAUCAAAUGGCUAUUUCGUCCACUACUUUGCACCCACAGAUAUUCAGCAAAUCCCAAAAAAUAUGGUCUUUAUUAUAGACAGAAGUGGCUCUAUGCACGGCAGAAAAAUUAAUCAGACUCGUACGGCAAUGUUGAAGAUUUUGGAAGAUCUUGGUCAGGAUGACUACUUUGGCCUAAUCAUCUUUGACUCUGAAGUAGAUGUCUGGAAAGCGGAACUUCUCCAAGCCACAAAACAGAAUCUGAAGCAAGCAAAGGACUUUGUGAAGAACAUUAAAGAUCGAGGAGCCACAGAUAUCAAUGCUGCAGUGCUGAAGGGGGUGGACAUGAUCAAGAGAUACCCCAGAGAGGGCUCUGCCUCCAUCCUCAUCCUGCUUACUGAUGGAGACCCCACUUCAGGUGAAACAAACACCGAAAGAAUUCAGGCCAAUGUCAAAGCGGUCAUUGGUGGUAAAUUUCCACUUUACUGUCUGGGGUUUGGAUUUGAUGUAAACUUUGAUUUUUUGGAGAAAAUGGCACUGGAAAAUGAUGGAGUUGCUCGCAGGAUCUAUGAGGACUCGGAUGCUGACCUCCAGCUGCAGGGUUUCUAUGAAGAAGUGGCCACCACACUGUUAACUGAUGUCCAACUGAAAUAUCCUGGAGGAGCAAAUCUCACCCAGACCAGUUUCAGGCAGUAUUAUAAUGGCUCAGAGAUCGUGGUGGCUGGGCAAAUCACAGACAACAGCCUGGAAACUUUACAAACCGAGGUCAUCGCAAUCUCGAAAAACACAAAUGUAACAUACCAGGACUCCAUAUCAACAAAAGAUGUCAUUGAUAUCUUACCACAACAUGAAAACUUCAUCCAGAGACUGUGGGCUUAUCUUACAGUGAAACAGCUCCUGGAGAAAGAAGUGGCACUCAAAGGAAUCGAGAAAGAAGCAGCCCAAAAGAAAGCUCUGGAUCUCUCUCUGAAAUAUGAAUUUGUGACUCCACUCACCUCCAUGGUGGUCACUAAGCCACAGGAAGAGGAAACACAGGUUGCCCACAAACCAAAAGAAGGUGAAAAGCCAACCACAACUUAUCAUGGGCUGAAAGACGACAUGCAUUCAUAUGACUUGUACCAAGUUCCAGACUAUGAAAUGUCAUAUUCAGUAGCAAGAAUGGACCCUUUAAAACCAGUUCCCAGGCCAACGUUCAUUACCCAAACUGCAGUCAUCCAAACAGUGGGUAAUGUGAGGUUCUUAAUCUCUGCUCAGCCUAAACAGAUCUGUUAUGACACACCUGCAGGCCACAAACUCCGACUCUUUUCGGAUAAUUCAGACAUUUCUAUAAAUGGCCAACUCUCAGAUAAUGGCUUUACACUAGUUGCUAUUCAUUAUAAAACAGCAAAACUUCUUGUGAGCCCUGCUGAAAGUGUCUACUCUGAUGGUGAGAACAGUGUGAAGUUCGUGUGGGGACAGCCCAGCAGUCAUGAGUCGGAGAACAUAGCAAUAUUUCAGAGAAGCAAUGAAUUAGACAUCACCAUGGGAAGUGUGCGUGUUGUUCUCCUCAUUCAUAAGAAUAGAGGAGAUGAUUUUCUGUGGCCUGUUGUUCAUCAACAAGGAAAGGAUCCUAACAUUACAGGCAUUCUGGGAAAAGCUGAUCUUCAGUAUGAGGAGCUCCCAGGAUCAAAGCUGAAAAUCAAGGACCAGGAAGUUGAAGCUCCCCAGAGUUCUGCCAUCGACUACAGAUUUUCUGCUGCCCCUAGGGUGAAUUGCUGGCUUGUACCAUUCCAGUCUGCCCUGCAGGGGGAGCUUUCUGACUUCACUGUCUCACAGCUGUAGAAACCUAUGUGAAAUAUGGGCAUGUUAUUUUCAGCUUAAUAAUACUUAAUAAAAUACAUUGUAUUCUGUU